AAAAACACAGACAACUGUGUUCUCUCAUGUUUAAACCUGACACAGCAAGACAGCAGCCAUUCCUGAACUGAACUGACUGAGGUAGAGAUGGAGUAUUCCACCAAAACUAUUGCUGCUGGCUGCUUUGGGAAGAUCUACAGGGAGAAGUACAAUGAAACCUGGGCUGCAAUCAAGAAGGUGCCACAACACUUAAUCAAUAGGAGAGACCUGGAGAGAGAGUGUCAAGUAUACAAUAAGGCAAUUCAUCCUAACAUAGUGAAGCUUCUGGGUAAUCCAACACUCAAGGACUCUAAGUGGAUCAUCCCCAUGGAGUUCAUCUUUGGAGAGGAACUGGAGACAACCAUCUUCAAAUCACAAAAAUCUCAAAUACAGUUAACUCCAUCUGUAAAGGCUACCCUCAUCACAGGCAUGUGUGAAGGACUACUUCACCUACACAGUAAAGAUAUUGUCCAUCAGGACCUCAAGCCUGAGAACAUCAUGGUAGAGCAUGACACUCACCGAGCUGUGAUCAUUGAUAUGGGACUGGCCAAAUUCUUCCGCAAUGGCCUAAAUUCUGCUGUGGAUAUGGGCAACGAGGCCUACUCUUCCCCUGAGGUCCUGCAGAGGCGGGGCCAACGAGAUCAGCGUUCAGACGUGUGGGCUAUGGGUAAAAUCAUUGCUGAACUCUGUGCCAGAGUCAGGCUGCACACCCCCAGUGUCUGUCCGGCUAUGAUCUAUGAGAUCCUCAGUCUCCAAGGACAGCAGUACUGUAAUGCUGUCUGUAGGAUGGUGCAGAGCGACCCCACAGUGCGAGCCACCAUGGCCAGGAUCAUGCCAGAGAUACGAAGGGCAGGGGGAGGUGGCAACACCGGGGAGCAACAAAGAGAACAUCUUCCGACACCCUUUCCUCACACUGAGGUAAAAGACACCUCGCCACGUCCUCAAGCUCCCCCGCUAUCAAGAGCUGAGUGCACAGCCUUGCCAAAGACUGAGGUCAAGACGACACUGCAACCACAACCCGUACAGCGGUCACCUUCCCCGGCAAGAUGGGAGCAUGCAGUCUUGCAAACGACUGAGGUCAAAGACGACACUGCAACCACAACCCGUACAGCGGUCACCUUCCCCGGAAUGGGAGCAUGCAGUCUUGCCAAAGACUGAGGUCAAGACGACACUGCAACCACAACCCGUACAGCGUCAC